AUGAAGAAUGUUGAAUUUGUGGAGAAAUCCAACAGUGAAGGGAACAAGACUUACAAGUUGAGCAUCAACGAAUUUUCUGAUAUGACUAAUGAAGAAUUCAUGAGACAUCAUACUGGAUACAAAAUCCCCUCCAGCUCAAGUUCAACCUAUUUCGAACAUAAAUCUUUUCGGUACCAAAGCUUGGCUGCAACUGAGGUUCCAGCUAGCAUGGACUGGAGGGAGCAAGGAGCUGUUACCCGCAUAAGAAAUCAAGGUCAAUGUGGUGCUUGUUGGGCAUUUACCGUAGUGGCAACAGUAGAAGGGCUAAUCCAAAUCAAAACUGGCCAAUUGAUCCCGCUGUCCGAGCAACAACUUGUCGAUUGUGAUCACAACAACAAUGGCUGCGACGGUGGCAGUGAAGUGAAUGCAUUUCAAUACAUAAUACAAAAUGGAGGAAUCGCUAGUGAAGAAAAUUACCAAUACCAGAGCACAGACAUGGGAUCAUGUGACACUAACAAGGAAAGUGACCAUGCUGCCCAGAUCACUGGUUAUGAAAUAGUCCCUUCCAAAAGUGAAGACGAUCUACUAAAGGCUGUGUCCAAGCAACCAGUCUCGGUUAGCAUUGAUGCUUCUGGUGUAGCGUUUCAGCAUUACAGUAGUGGGGUGUUUUCCGGUGAUUGCGGGACGAACCUCCAUCAUGCUGUUGCAGCCAUUGGGUACGGAACAACUGAAGGUGACAUCGACUAUUGGUUAUUGAAGAAUUCGUGGGGUGAGACUUGGGGUGAAAAUGGCUAUAUGAAAAUUCUUAGAAACGUUGACGCCCCAGAAGGUAAGUGUGGCCUUGCUAUCAGGGCUUCCUAUCCGACUGCGUAACUGUUAACUAAUCAAACAAAUAAUGUAUAGCAGGCAGAAAAGAUAACUGCCUGACUACUCCCCUUUCCAUAUUUAUGCAUUUCUACUAUUUAUCCUUCACGAUGAACACCCUGUAUUCUGUACUAGCAUAUUUGCUCAAAUGAAGUUUCAUAAUCUGGCAGACAAGACAGUGUCUGUUAAGAAUGCACCUUCCAUUUA